UUGCCCUUCCAAAUAUAAAGUGGAUCUGCCCAACUGCACCUGAACAACCAGUUGCUUUCUAUGGAGGCUCUACAUCAACAGCUUGGUUUGAUGUGAAUGAGCUUGAUGAUGGCUAUGAUGAUGUGGAUGGUUUGGAAGCUUCGGCUUCGUAUGUUGCAAGCUUAUUGGCUAAUGAACCGGCUCAUAUAAAACUCGGGAUCGGAGGGUUCAGUAUGGGUGCGGCCCAGUCGCUAUAUUGUGCUACAUGUUUUGUAAGAGGGAAAUUUGAGAAUGGCGAAAACUUCUCCCAAAAUAUAAGUGCUGUUUUUGGACUAAGCGGUUGGCUUCCAUUGGCAGACACUCUGAGUUACAAAAUAGAUGGUGUGGCUGAUGCAUCUGCGCGUGCUGCAUCCUUGCCUAUUCUGCUUUCGCAUGGCAAAGAAGAUGAUAUGGUUGAUUAUAAAUUUGGUGUCAAGUCUUAUAAGACGUUCACUUCAACUGGAUUUCGAGAUGUCACGUUUAAAUCCUAUGCCAUGCUUGGCCACACUACUAUUCCAGAGGAAAUGGAUGACCUCUUUGCUUGGCUAUCUUUUAAAUUGGGACUAGAUGGUAAAUGAUGAAGG